AUGCGACCCCCCUUGGGUGUCCUCUUUUGCUUCCUUUUUUUGGCCCUCCACUCAAGGGGGAACGCGGCCGAAGUGGUGAAUGACGUGGAAAAUGGCCAAAGUGGGAAAGGUGGUGAGAGUGGCAAUGGUGAUAAUGGUGCCGAUAGUUCUAAUGGCGGCGAUAGUGCCGAUAGUUCCAAUGGCAGCGAUGGUAACGAUGGCAACGGAAAUGACGACUGCGCCACUGUUUCUAAACCCAAUUUAAGAGGCGACGUCUCCGCCAAAGAAGACGGUGCUAAUAACAAUGACGCCCACGAUGGCCACUGUGAUAGUGAAAUUAGCCCCGUUGAUGCUUUAGAAGACUCGCACGGCCGUGACUCCUCAGAGGAGGCCCCCCAAGCAGAACUUACAAAGGGUGACCUAAGCGAGGAAGCAGCCGAAACAGACAAAACAGUCGAAAAAGCCGAAACAGCCGAAACAGCCGAAGCAGACAAAACAGCCGAAACAGCCGAAAAAGCCGAAACAGACAAAACAACUGAAACAGCCGAAACAGACAAAACAGCCGAAAAAACCGAAACAGACAAAACAGCCGAAAAAGCCGAAAAAGAUGAAAAAGCCGAAAAAGCCGAAAAAGACGAAAAAGACGAAAAAGCCGAAACGGUCGAACCAAGCACCCCCGAACCCACAUUUAUAGAACUUCCCGAUGAGUACGAUUAUAAAUUAGAAGCGCCAGUGGAAGAUGGUGCAAGCUACCAAAUGAAAGAGUGUGAAAGUAGCCUAGACGUGGAAAGUACUACACUCAGUGGGGAUGAACUAUCAUCCGAUGAGGAAGAGGAGGAAGAAACACAAGCAGAGAAGCUCGUAGAAUAUGACGAAGAUAGAGGAGCGGGUUACGAACGAGCAGACUACCCAGGCGAAAACUACAGAGAAGCAAACUACGAAAGAGAAAACUACGAGCGAGCAGACUACAGAGGCGAAAACUACGAACGAGCAGACUACAGAGGCGAAAACUACGAACGAGCAGACUACAGAGGCGAAAACUACGAACGAGCAGAUUACAGAGGCGAAAACAACGUCGAAUCAGACUACAGAGGUGAAAACUACGAACGAGCAGACUACAGAGGCGAAAACUACGAACGAGCAGACCACAGAGGCGAAAACAACGUCGAAUCAGACUACAAAGGCGAAAACUACGAAGGAGCAGACUACGCAGUUGCAGAACCGGUAAAUGCAGGAGACUUCGUGGACAUCUCAAAAUAUAUAAAAUCAACCAAGGAUUCUCUCGAGAACCUGGUCCACAUGAUUGAUAACGAUAAACAAGCCUCCGGGGGAUAUGGUAAUAUGAUGAAGGAUAUGCUUUACACACUCCUUCAAAUGUAA